UGGAUUAAAUGAUGAAACAGUUUACUCGUAGGCCGAUUUCCUGUCGAUUUAUUUGCAGAUAACUUUUUCAACACCCCUACAACAUCGUUACAUCUUGAGUUUUGACUGGCCCCUCUUUAUAUUCCCCCCCCCCCCCUUCCUGUGUGCUGAAUGUUCCUCCUGCUGGAGAAAGGAGAAAUAAACAACACUGGGGGAAAGCGAGGAAAGAGGCGCAGCGGAAAAAUAAAGGAGGUGAAGGAAAAAGUGAAAUAACAGAAGACUACAGAUCGGAGGAACAGGUUGGAAAAGAGAGCGAGCCAUUGCGCAAGUGAAGAACGAGACUUUUCUGUCCCCCAUCUGCUGAUUAAAAGGAGGUGACGUCAUGACAACAGAAAUGCAGGAGAUUGCCAUCACGGAGGAGAAGCCUUUACUCACCGGUCAGGCUGAGUCCAAGGAUGCUGAACUGGCUGCUCGGAUACUCCUGGACCAAGGACAGGAGCACAGUAUCGAGACCCCACACGGUGUUCUGCAUGUGACCCUCCACGGCACACGGACCACCCGCAGGCCUGCUAUCCUCACCGUCCAUGAUGUGGGUCUGGACAGUAAGAGCUGCUUCUCCCCUCUGUUCAGGUUCGAGGAGAUGCAGGAGAUUGUCAAGAACUUCACCCUGAUUCAUGUCGAUGCUCCGGGGCAGGAGGAGGGGGCUGCUGUCUAUCCCACAGGUUACCAGUAUCCCUCCAUGGACACCAUAGCAGAGAUGAUCCCUGCCGUCCUGCAGUUUUUCAACUUCCGCACUGUAAUCGGAGUGGGUGUGGGGGCGGGAGCGUACGUCCUCUCCAAGUUCUCACUUGCAAACCCGGAUUCAGUGGAAGGUCUGGUUCUGGUCAACAUCGACCCUAACACUCGAGGAUGGAUAGACUGGGCUGCACAGAAGCUCAUCUCUGUGACAUCCUCCCUCACAGAGCAGAUCCUGUCCCACCUUUUCAGUCAGGAGGAGCUGUCAUCAAACACAGAACUUGUGCAGUCUCACAGAGAGCGCAUCUCCAAAGCGUCUAAUCUGGUCAACAUAGAGCUCUUCUGGAAGUCUUACAACAGUCGCAGAGAUUUGAACAUUGACCGCAACAGCACCUUCAAGUGCCCAGUAAUGUUGGUGGUGGGCGAUCAGGCUCCAUAUGAGGACGCUGCUGUGGACUGCAACAGCAAAAUGGAUCCAACAACAACUUCAUUCCUAAAGAUGGCUGACGCUGGUGGUCUCCCUCAGCUGACCCAGCCUGCUAAACUGACUGAGGCUUUCAAGUAUUUCAUCCAGGGAAUGGGCUACAUGGCUUCAUCUUGCAUGACCCGCCUGUCCCGCUCCCGCACCACCUCCCUCUCCUCCUCUUACUCCAUGGACGGGUCCCGCUCUCGCUCCCGCACCCUGUCCCAGGGCUCGCAGGGCGGCCAGAUGCCACCCAGCCCCUCCCAAACGAUGGAGGUGUCUUGCUGAAGGAAAAAAGAAAAAAAUGAAAGCGAGAGAAAGUGAUUGAGAGUGAGAAAGAGAAGAGGGCGAAGGCGAAAGGAAGGGAAAGAUGAAGCUUGACGAUAAUUUAGGAACAAGACGAAUGGGUUACUUAUUUGUCACUAAACAACUCCCAUCAUUCCCCACAAGAGCAGAAUAGGACUAGAGAUAAGGAGAGGGAGGGAGGGAGAGAGAGAGAUUUCAUAGGAAAUAGAAACCUAUCUUCCUUAUUUUGUAACAGCCCUGUUCCUCACAACCCCCUUCCAGCUGAAAAAGAGUGGAUUGGGCUGUUCUACAAUGAUUAUAAGACGUAUAAGCAAGAGAUUAAUAAAUAAAAGGGGGCCGGUGGGGAAAGAAUGGCCACCGUUCCUCUCUCCCUCCCCUCUAUCAGAGCCUCCAUCAGCCAAUAGAGCGCUUUAAUUUAGAUAAGGAGGCUCUAUAGAGACUGCACACUUUGCGUUAACCAAUAGUAAUAAUUCUGAACGCGUUAUUGUUGUUGAUGCAGAUGAUUAUGUUGUUGAUAAUGAUGUUGAAGCUAACGAUGAUGAUGAUGAUGAUCAUCAUACAAUAGAUAAAAAGAGUAACACCUUUUCUCUUUAUUACACAAUGAGUUUAAAACAACAUAGACAAAAAAAAACAUAGCAGAGAUACUUAUAACAAUGUGUGUCUAUUACAUUUUAAGCUAGUUUAUAUUGUGUUAUUUUAAUUUCUUUAAUCAAAUUUUAUUAUCUCAUUUGUAACCUGCCUCAGCAAAUGGCUGAAGCUACUGAUUGGUUGACCCGUUGUGUGGUAACAGCCAAUGAGAGCCAUUAUAGUGACUACUUCCUCCUUGAUGUUGCCUGGUUGUUUAUCUUCCAUUUGCCCCUGUCUAUAAGUUUUGUUUUCCCAUUGGAUUUGAGGAGGUGGGCAGGAAGCUUUUGUUUUUUCUUACUUUUUUGGGGAUUUGGAAGUUGCAUGCCUGGUAUCAGCCCAUGUGGAUAAUGACUGGAUAAUAUUCUUUUAUAUUCUGCUAAUCAGUUGUGUGGAUUGUGUGUGUGAGUGUGUGUGUAUCUGUGUGUGCUGUUGUUUAGCGAAAGUGGCGGUCUAAAGUUAAGCAUAGGUGAGACUGAGGGUGUUAGCUUUAGCUAGCUAGCAUCCUAUCAUUAACACUAGUCGCACAUUAAAUAGUGCUUCCAAUAUUGCUGGCAGUCUCGCACUGCAUGUCCUAAUAUGCACACUCGUGUACUAUCCAACAGGGUGCGUUACAUCACUAAGCAUCUUAGUAUGGAUAUUGCAUUUCAGUGUUAGGCACAGCCAGAAGGGAUCACUGUGUUUAUCAUCUGGGUUGUAGUCUCUUAGCCUUGCCUGUGCAUGGAUACCUCCUAACAAACCCAGCUAUCAUACUUGAGUUCCUGUGUGAUGUGAGGUAAAACGAACACAAGCUCCUCUCUCGCAACAAGCAGCUUUAUUAAAGCAACAGGCUCAGGAGGAUUGUGUUGUGAUUGUUGCGACAUGUGUGUGUCUGAGGAAGUACAUGUGAGGUGUAUGAAAAGCACUUGUAUCCUGAAAGCACAAUUAAUGAAGAAAGCCAGGGUCCUAUGGAAAAGUUUUAGUAAUUCACUUAUAAGACCACCAACAUCCCCUUUGACUUAUGACAAUGUACCAGCCCCUUCACUGCCAACACACUUUGGGACAGCCAUAAAAAAAAAGUAUUAGCCAAUAUCUGUACCUUAAACAACCAAUCUGUAUUUGCGGCCAAUAAGCAUUCUUACUGCCAAAACUAAGAGCCCCAAAAUAAACCAAAAUAAAUACAUGUCAACAUAAAGCUCAUCACUGCCCUACAACAUGUAGCUAUUGGACUGCCCGUACCGUAAGACCCAAUCCGAUAUCCAUUUUUAAGCGUGCCAGCUGUGGGCCCCCAUUUUGAUGCAGCGUUGCAUCUGAUUUAUUUUCCCUUAAUAAGCAAUAUCAUUUUUAUGAGCCAGUUGGUGGUUGCCUCUUUCUUUCACAUGCUGUCCAGUGUUCCUUUACCAAACCUGUUGGAUGAUGUAUGAUGAUGACAGUGACAAGAAAGUCAGUGGAGGGCCUCAGAUUUGAGCUUUGAACAGACUGGGUUGGCCUACUUUGAAGACAUUAAUGAUGGUUGUGAGGACAGUAAUCUAUUUUUAAGUCACUCCCCUCUGCCCAUCACAUACAAGUUACAUCCAUCCUUUUAAACGCUAACAACUGCUGUGUUGUUUAAGGCAAACACAAAUCUUGAUAUUAGGAUGAUUCGUGCUAUAGGGUGUUAAUGCAAAAUGUGACGUCACACCAGGAUGCCAUCACGUUUUAGGCAAUUUUGUUGUCGUCCAAAGUGCUGACGCGUAGAAUGUAAGUUCCCCUCUCAAACUUCAAUUGAAACUUAACAGUUGGGCAUGGGAGCGUCUACCAAAUAAGGGAUAAUGCGUGGAGCCCGGAAAAUAAAAUUUUCAAAUAAGGAAAAGGAGUAGUACUUAUUUGUGGAGAGUUGAGCAGGGCUGUUUGAUUGUAAAUGCUUGUCCAUUUUGUCUAUUUCUGUCGAUUCAUUUUUACUUUGAUCAUAUAUUCCUUCCCCCUCUAUGUUUUGAGAUUUCUUUUAAAUCUCUGUGAAGUGUUAGUUUACUGUCCCGAUGUGCUCACAAGUUAGUUAACCGUGUGAUAGUUCUUGUGUAACUUUUAGAGCAUUAGCGCUGAUAAGGGAGAAAAAAUAAAUUAAAAAAAAGAUUAAAGGUAAAGAGAGUGCAAUCAAUUUUACUUGUGUGGCUAAUUUCUCUGUGUAACACAAUGAACAUCCUUAAAAAGCAAACUUAAAAUAUAAAUAAAAGCUUAAGAGGAA